GUGGCGCGGGAAGUUGCAGGCAAUUAAUUUGAAAGCACAUAUUGGUGGCUGUAAUGAAGUCAUUAGAAUCCAGUGAGAGUGAUUCCGAGGAGUUGCCAACUUUUUCCUUUCUGAAGAAGGAACCAUCUUCAACAGAGAGGAGGCAGCCUCAAAGGGCAGAGAAGAUUGUAGUGAUUGACUCCUCAGAUUCUGAGGCCUCCUGUCCUUUAUCACCAGGAUUGAAAGAUCCACCACCUGUCUCAGACACUGAUGAAACUCUCACACAAACAAAACCAGUCGGAGUACUAAGUAGUGGAAGUGAGAGCGAAGAGGAAUUUGUUCCCCUAGCUGAGAGGCUUAAGUGUAAGUUUUUGACCUACAAGCAGUUGAACUCUGAACACUCUAGUUCCCCAGUUAAAAGUGUUUUGAAUCAUCAAAAUAAUGAAGAAGCAUCAAGUGACUGGAAAAAACAGCCCUUUUCAAAGAUCCCUGACGUUCCCCUCCAUGUUACCUUAAAGAGGAGUGUACUAGGUAACCAGGACCCUGUCUUAGACAAUCCAUGCAUUCAGCCUCCAGCCUACCAGUUUACCCACCUUGUUCAGAACAAUAGCCUGGAAGUAACCAAAACAAAUUCUGAUGUCCCCCAGCCCCAGAAGAGAACCAAGCACAGGAAGAAUGUUCCAAGAAGAGACUUGCAGAGAUGCCAGCUGCAGGAAAAAGCAGGCCAGAAGGAAAGCACCCCAAGACAACAGGAAAAAAAGAAGGCAACGCUGGUCAACAGGCUGAAAGCCCAGAGGCCAGAGGAAUGCUUAAAGCACAUCGUUGUGGUGCUGGAUCCAGUGCUUUUACAGAUGGAAGGUGGGGGCCAGCUCCUGGGAGCUCUGCAGUCCAUGGAGUGCUGCUGUGCAAUUGAAGCACAGGCUGUGCCUUGCAGUAUCACUUGGAGGAGACGGGCAGGAUUGGCUGAGGAUGAAGAGGACUGGGUGGAGGAGCAGACAGUCCUUGUGUUACUCCUGGCAGAAGCUUUUAUGUCCAUGAUCUGCAACUUUAAGCAGGGAAGUCCAGGCAGUGCCAGAAAAGGGAAGGACACACUUCAAGGCUUUGUAACUGAUGUCACAGCAAAGACAGCAGGGAAAGCUGUAUCGUUGGUGAUUGUGGAUCAUGAGAAAUGCUUCAGGGCUCAGAAUCCUCCAAGGAGAAGGAAACAGGGAGCGUCAAGUAAACAGGCCAAGGAGAAGCAGCAGAGACGAGAGCCCAGCACAGGGCCUGUGGUGUCCAGGGUAGAAGUGGAAGAGGCAUUGGUGGAUCUGCAGCUACAUACCGAAGCCCAGGUUCAGAUUGUGCAGAGCUGGAAAGAACUGGCUGACUUCGCCUGCACAUUCACAAAGGCCGUGGCUGAGGCACCCUUCAAGACACUCCGAGAUGAAAACAGCUUCUCCUUCUGCCUGGAGAGCGACUGGGCUGGAGGGGUGAAGGUAGACCGCACUGGCAGGGGACUGGCACUAGUCUGGAGAAGACAGAUUCAGCAGCUGAACCGAGUCAGCCUGGAAAUGGCCAGCGCUAUUGUGGAUACCUAUCCCUCCCCAAGGCUCCUGGUAGAGGCUUAUCAGAGGUGUUUUUCGGAGCAAGAACGCCAGAAUUUGCUGGCAGACAUACAGGUGCGCCGAGGGGAAGGAGUGACGUCCACCUCCCGCCGUAUUGGGCCAGAGGUGUCUAGGCGUGUCUACCUUCAGAUGACCAGUUUGCAGCCAGAUCUCACUUUAGAUAGUGCUGACUGAUGCUAGUCCACAGGGACAAGGAUAAAAUGCUGAUUUCUACCUCCUCAACCUUAGAACCUAACUGGAAGCACCUCCUGAGGCCUAGCCAGGGGGUGGCCCAGUCUCUCCUUACUUGUCGUAUUCCCUGUGAACUCAGGGCAGAAGGCCAAGACAUUUGGUUCUGCUCUUCUCCCAGCAAAAACAGCUGUUACCCCUGCCCCAGCCAGCCCUCAAAACACAAAAGAACAAAGACAGACCACUCAGACAUGGAUUUAAUAAUUGUAGAAAUCCAAAAGAAUCAGCAUCAAAUCUUGAAGUCGGAGUGAACUCUUGCCUGCAGGUUGGCUCAGCCACUGAGCUGCCUCAACCGGCCAAAGGAACUAUGAUAACUAGGCUGACUUCUGUAUUUUCGUAAUCUCAUUGUUAUGUAUUAUGUGUUAAGUUUCAAUAAAGCAUUUUAUACCAA